AUGCAACAAACUUCGUUGGGGCUAAUCGAAAAGCUCAGCGAAAUACAACGAUUGUGGGCUUCACUUCCUAAGAACGAAGCCGUUGCUCAUCAUUUAACUCAAGCAUCAAUAGAAUGGCACUUUAUACCUCCAGCAUCUCCUCAUUUCGGAGGAAUUUGGGAGGCCGCAAUUAAAUCAACCAAAUAUCACUGUAAAAGAGUAAUAGGUGAAACGCUACUUACUUUCGAAGAAUUGACAACUCUAUUGGCUCAGAUAGAAGCCAUUUUAAAUUCUCGUCCGUUAUGUAGUGUAAACAAUACUGACAUUGAUUGCAUUAAUAUUCUCACUCCUUCACAUUUUCUUACAGGAGACGUGAUCCUAUCCCCUCCUGAACUACCUCUUACUAGUCCUGCUAAUAUACGGAAUAGGUGGGAUCUCCUUCAAAAGAUGCGCAAGGACUUCUGCAAAUCAUGGACCAAAGCAUAUCUAUCUUCUCUUCAAACCAGAAAGAAAUGGAAGAACACUCAGCCGAAUAUGAAAAUUGGAGACAUCGUCCUGUUACUAGAUGAUGGUCAUCUUCCAGGUUCUUGGCCACUAGGACAAGUGGUCGAACUUCAUCAUGGUACUGACGGACUAGUUCGUGUGGCCACGGUUAAAACUAAAAGCUCUAUUUUUAAAAGAAACAUUCAUAAAUUAGCACCUUUGCCCAUGUAUCAGGACUAA